CAUAGGUUUUUGGUUGAAAAAGAAGGGUAGAAGAGAAGGUAUGUCGUGUAAAUUGGAUUGGAUCCAGGGAAGGUAGGAGGAGCAGAGGAAAUCGCCAUGGAUCCAUCGCAGCAGCAGCCUCCACAGCCGGAGCAAACCCUGGCUUCCUCGUAUGCCUACGACCCCAAUCAAUCAACCUAUGUCUACUAUCAACCUUCGUACCAGUACGCAUACUACGAUCCCGCACAACAAGCGGCAUACGACGCCUACUACCAACAACCCCACCACCAAGAACAACCACCGCCUGCCAACCCAUCCGGGACGCAGUUCCCGCCUCAACCACAAUCGGAGCCGGUCUCCGCCGCCGCUCAAUACCAGUAUUCCUAUUACCAGCAGCCACAACCGCUGGGAAUGGAAUACGGAGGGGUGUACGCGCCCGUGCCCCCAACCCAGAAAUGGUUAGUCUCAAGAAUUGGAAUUCGUUGAAGAUUUUGGUGGUGUUUGAGGUGGUACAGGCACGCCGAACAGUUAUAAAUUUGAACCGUACUCCGUUUUUACUUUUCGUUUGCUUCCUUCGCACAGCAACCCACUCAUUAUGCCUUUCAGCCUUUGUAGCCUUUGUUUGGUUCGAGGGUAUUGGAAGGGAGGGAAGGAAAGUGAAGGGGUUGUGUGUGUUCGAUUGGGGGAGUUAGGGCGAAGGAGAUGAAAAUUGAGGUGCUAUGAGAAACACUCCUAACUCAUCUCCCCCCUCCCCCCAAAAAAAGGAAAACAAGGUCUGUAGGAUUUUGUGGUAUUUAUGUUUCUCAAAAAGUGGAGGACCAUGAAGGGAAUAUUUUUUUCCACAUUUUUGCUCAAAAAGUCAAAAGGAUUGUCUAUGGAAUGAUUUCAAAUAUAGAGGAAGAGAAUAUUUUGAAAUAGAGGACUAUAUUUGGAAACAAACAUGUUAUAAAGGACUAUAUAGGAAAUAUACUCAAAUUUUAAUUACAAAAAAUUACGGAGCAUAUAAAAAACUCUUUUUUACAUAUUUUUCCAAAAUACUACCUUUGCACUACUUCAUUGACCAACCAUAUACGGAGUAUUUUUAAACCACCUUCGUUUUUCGUCCACACUACUUCCCUCUUUUCUUAUCCUCUCCACUUUAUUGAACCAAACAAGUGCUGUGUGGGUGCUUCCAUAGACCUGUGAUGCAUUUAUGGUCCAACACUUCUAUAGAAUGAACUCCCCUUGUCCCACAAAUGGCUCUUGGCUUGACUUGGCAAAAAAUUUAAGGAAAGUGAAAAAGUGUGGUUGAAAAUGAUGUAGAGGAGAGAGAAAGAUCGAGAACUACUCAAAGUUUUCCAAAAAAGGAAAGGAGUCUUUUUUUGGGACGUCUCAAAAAGGAAUUAAAGAGUUUUCUUUUUGAGAUGGAGGGAGUAAGAAACAAGGAAAGUUUAAUGUACCAUUUUAGGUUAGUCCAUCAUUUAUCCGAAGCUAAAACAUUGUUUAAAAUGACUCUUUUAGCUCCAUUGGCAAUGGAUGCUAACAACUCCCAACAUAAAAGGUACGAGUAUUUAUUUACUUAGGUAUCUAUUGUUUUGUUUGACAGCCGAACAAAUAAAUAAGCCAUGCAAUGUGUAGAUGUUAUAGUCCUACUUGUGUGGGUAAUGUUGAGGAAGUGCUGGCUGUUAUAUGUUUAUGCAGGAGUCUUUGAAGUUUAAGGCUGACAUUGUAUGUUAAUUGUGUUGCUUCAAAAUAAGAACCAACUCCUUUCAGUGUCAAUAUGAAGAGGAACUCAAAUCGUUGCAUAUGCAAUUAUGCACGAUGGUUGUUGGGCGACCAGAUUAUUUCCUAGUACUUUUGCUUGACAUUAUGUUUUAUGCCAUAACCAUAAUUUUGAAAAUCAAGCCAGACCGGCUGAAGGGGUAACCUUCCAGGUAUCUAGCCUGGUCAUCAUCAACUCAACUUAAAAAUUGAUUUUGAUGUUAUAUGGUUGAAUUUAUGCUCUUUUUGCAUAUGUU